AUGAAGGGGCCCCGACUUGGACUAGCCACCUUGUGGCUUCUGCGACCCUGCACAGCUGCGGAGCUAGACUUGUCUCAAUAUGUGAAUCCGUUCAUCGGGUCAGAAGGCCCAGAUGGCUCCGGCUUCGGUGGAGGAGACAUAUUCCUGGGAGCGACUCUCCCUUUCGGGGUUGUGAAACUCGGAAUUGAUUCGACCGCGACAAAUUGGAGCACAGCAGUGCUUAACGGCGGAUGGACCCCUGGAGGCAAUGUUUCAGCGAUCUCUAUGCUCCACGAAAGUGGCACCGGUGGUGCCCCUAAAUAUGGACUGAUUGCUCAGAUGCCCCUAGCAUCCAUGGAUGGGGUCAAUGUCCUGGAUAAUCUGACGUAUAGCCAACCAAGAGUCGGCCAUGAUCGUGCGAGCGUGGGUUACUACAAAACGCAGCUGAAAAGCGGCGUUACGUUCGAGCUAUCUGCUUCACGCCACGCCGGCAUCGUUGAUUACAAAUUCCCUGACGGCGAGAAGCAUAUUCUAAUAGAUAUAUCCCAUUACCUGCCAGCAUCCCCGGGUGACACCGGCGGCCAGGUCUUUAUUGGAGGAGAAUUGCAGAUCGAAGAUGGCGGGGCGUACAGCGGGUUUGGGACAUAUGCCGGAGGCUGGAAUGAUGGAGCGCCGUUUACGGUCUACUUCUAUGGCGAGUUUUCCGACAGCCCAGAUCAAUCGAAGACUUUCUCUGGGAUCAACACCGAUCCGAUGGCGCACUGGCAAACCGUCGCAAAUGCAGGGCCUAGCAGACCGUCAUUCGAAAACGCUACCAAGGUUACUUCUGGUCCAAUGAACAACCGCAUAGGGGUGUUGAUGAGCUGGAAUGAUGGGCCUGCCUCAAACAUUACAUCCCGAGUUGGCAUCUCAUUCAUCUCCACCGCCAAAGCCCGCUCAUACAUUAGGAAGGAGAUCCCAUCUUGGAAGCUCAAUGACACUGUCGCUGCAUCGGUCACCGAAUGGAACAAGGAUGUUUUCAACAAGAUUCAGGUUCCGCUCGAUGACUCUGCCAACAUGACCCACGUGAGACUGCUGUAUAGCUCUUUAUAUUUCACUCACCUCAUGCCUUCGGAUCGCAGUGGGGAGAACCCCCUCUGGACCUCGGAUGAGCCUUAUUGGGAUGAUUUCUAUACUAUGUGGGACAUCUUCCGCUGCACCGUGAGCUUCUAUCAUAUCUUCCAGCCUGAAUACUACGAGUCCAUGAUCCGAGGGGCCAUUGAUAUCUUCCGGCACCAAGGCUAUCUUUUGGACGGGUACUCUGGUGGCUCUCUCGGCCUAGUGCAGGGAGGCUCUAAUGCCGAUAACGUGCUAGCAGAUGCAUACGUGAAAGGCCUCCGUGGCGCUAUCAACUGGACCACCGGGUACGAAGCUAUGGUGAAAGAUGCCGAGGUAACACCAUAUAACACAUUCAACCCUACCGACCUCUCCGCGAGCACUAAGGAAGGUCGAGGAGCUCUCGACGACUGGAAAGCGCUGGGCUACGUCUCGCAAGACCGCAACACACGAUGCAUCUCACGUACCGUCGAGUACAGUCUCAACGACUACGCGCUGAGCGUGGUGGCUGCCGGUGAGAAGCCCGAGGACCAGCCGAAGUACCUGAAUCGGUCCGCGAACUGGCAGAAUAUCUGGGAUCCAAGUGUCGAGAGCCUGAAUUUCACCGGUUUCCUGGCGCCCAAGUUGUCCAAUGGGACGUUCAAUAGCUCCAGAUAUGACCCAUUGCUCUGCUAUGGCUGCGAGUGGACUGACUAUACGUAUGAGGGUAUCCCCUGGGAAUAUUCUUUCGUUGUCCCGCAUGAUAUGAAGACCUUGAUCAAGUACAUGGGCGGCAAUGCUACUUUUGAAAGACGGCUUGACACCAUGUUCCAACCCAAUCUCUCGGUGCAGAAUCUAGGUGCCAAUGGAGCGGGAAUAACAACACUGAUCAAUAUUGGCAACGAGCCCGAUUUCUCCACGCCCUAUCUAUUCAACUACAUCAACAAGCAGUACAAGAGCGUUGCCCAAUCUCGCCGUCUCGCCGACCAAUACUUCAGAGACGCAGCUUAUGGAAUACCAGGCAACAGUGAUGCGGGAGCUCUCAACUCCUGGCUGAUAUGGCAGAUGCUUGGCUUGUACCCUGUUGUUACACAGCCCGUGUAUCUCCUUAGCUCGCCCUGGUUCCCGGACUUAAAUAUGACCGUUAACGGCAACCAGACGCUGCGCAUCACAGCACGCGGGCUAGACGACGGCAUGUACGUACAGAGCGUGAAGAUCAACGGGAAGCAGUGGACUCGGAACUGGUUCGAGCAUGAGGACGUGAUGGUCAAUGGCGGCUUAAUUGAAUUUGAGCUCGGCCAGGAUCCAAAGCAGUGGGAAACUGGCCCUUUGCCUCCCUCGCCCGGACAUAUCUAA